AUGAUUGCCGAGUGGCCACCACCACCACCAGGUUCCAUACCGGAUCUACCAAUUGUGCAUAUUCUCCGUUCAGGCACCUUGAGCCGCACUCGGGCUACACCUAGCGCACGACUUGCAAACAAAUCUCGGAAUCUUGCUGAGUUUGAUCCCAGGGUUGCUGUGAAAUCAAACAGAGGCAAACAUUACGAGAUGAUGCCCAAGAUUGACGCUGUAUUCACCAACAUUGAACAGUGUGAGAUGAAAACUGAGUGGCUGACUCUGAGCAAGGUACUGAAACGAGUUUGGGUCCUCGAAGAACGGAAGAUUCCAUUGGAAGCUCAAUGCAACAGUAGAGGAAGAGUGUGUGCUCUCCAGGAGAAAUGGAGAGAUCUACUUGGAUCAGAUGAAGAGUCGAGUCAUCGCCCCAAGACUGCUGCUGGAAAUAAUCAAGCCAAGCCGGGCAAGGAGAACAUAGAUCCGACUGCUAGGAAGAAACUCGAGGAAGCAGUGAUGAUCAACGGGAAAGAACCAAUGAAGGCAUCCAAGCCGGACGAUGUGAUGAUGGAUGAGGACAAUUCAAUGCCCUUCCAAACUAGCGUCGUUGAGGCUUCUCGCGCCAAAGAUGCCAAAAUCAAAGAGCCUGAAACCGAGGCCCCAGAGACGUCUCCCCCUCAAGCCAAUGAUGAUCAGAAUGCUGUCAACGUUCAGUCCGAGCCAAUCGAGGCUGAACGCAACACCGACACGAACUCACGGGAUCUAGCGUGA